AUGGAGACUUUGUUACAAUUGUCUUUGGUGAUUUUAAUAUUGUGUCAUUCAGUAUUGACAGAAACAAAAAUAAAGAGGUUUCCAAGGAACGUACCCAGUAGUUUUGAAUCUGUGGAUAUAUGCAAUUAUGAAAUUCCAUCAAAAAUCAAUUUUCACAGCAACCACCAUUCAAUAAGUAUUCGAAAGUGUGGCGAAUAUUUAGCAGAGGUUGAACUGCGUGAGCGACAACGAGAAUUCAAUAAGAAAUGUAAGAAUCAGUGGACAGUUGAAUCUACGCCGGAAUAUUCUCAUAUGGCAGCAGUUGGUUUAGAAACUGGGAGGCGCAGUUUCAAAUUGCAAUGUGCUGGAGCCCUUAUCAGCCCCAACUUUGUAUUGACAGCUUUCACUUGCUACUUGUAUCCAAACAAAAACCAUACAGUCUCACCAAAUAUUGUCAGACUUGGCACUGCAAAUAUAAAGAACCAACACAAAACGGCUGUAAAUAUAGGAAUUAAACGCAUCAUAAAACAUCCCAUGCAGAAAGAUAUUUAUAAUGAUCUGGCCCUCGUUGAACUUAGCAAUGCUGUAAAAUUCUCAAAGUACAUCCAGCCGGUAUGCUUAUCAACUGUUGCGGAGAUUUCCCAUCGGCCUAUAUCUGUAACUGGAUGGAACUUUAGGAGUAGUAAAAAUAUAUACAAACCAUUUAACUCUACAUUGCAGUCGGCCAACAUACGUAAAUUUGAUAAAAAUUGUUUUGCAAAGGAUACUAAAACAAACUUUAACCAGAAAAUGUUUUGCUCUGAUAAUAUAAAUAUAGAUGGGAUCGCAUCUUGUCCGAGCAAUUACGGCAGUACUCUGCAAAUUAAUUUGAAUGUCAGUAAAAAUGAAGGUGCUUUAUAUAAACUAUUGGCGAUUAUACCUCCGCAAAAUAAUAAAAAUUCAGCAGAUACAUGUAAAUCGAAUGAGGUGAUAUAUAUUGAAAUAAAGCCAUAUCUAAAUUGGAUUGAGCGCAACGUGUGGCCCUAA